CGGACGAAAGUCUCUGACCCGAGACGGAAGGUUGUGCAACCCUCUGAUAUUUUACAUUAUCCAUGAUUGGGCUGCCUCGCAAGGGACUGAGUAAGGGGAUGAGUGAAUUCUACUAGAUCCUGUUUUCCGACAGAAGAGCGUACCAUCAACUUGUCCGGCUCAGCUCACUGGAAAGUACAAGAAGUCGUGAUCCGAGUCUGCUAUGGGGUAGUAAUCGGGGAACACCAAAUCCAAAAUCCAGUACCCCUGCACUAUCCUCUCAUUUAUCCUGCUAACAUAGCUGCACCGGAAAACUGAUUGAAAGGUCAACUCUUUACUCAGCACUGAUGGACCGCACCGCAGAUUCUCCCCUCGGGGACCAUGCUCUAGAGCAGAUUGCCAUUGUAGGCAUGGCAUGCCGCCUCCCUGGGGCCAUCACCUCCCCCGCAAGCUUUUGGGAUGCUAUGGUCAAUAAGAGAUCUGUUCAAACCCCAUCCGUGCCGAAAAGUCGGUUCAAUAUCGACGCGUUCUAUCACGAGAAUCUGAACAGACCGGGUAGUUUCGAUGCCCGUGGAGGCUAUUUUCUUGACGGCAGCCCUCAUGACUUCGAUCCAAGAUUCUUCGACAUGUCGCCAAUUGAGGCAAUGUGGCUCGACCCGCAGCAACGACGCAUUCUCGAAGUUGCAUACGAAUGCCUUGAAAACGCCGGUAUAACGCUGGACGAGGUGGCCGGAAAAAACAUCGGGGUGUUUGUGGGCUGUUUUACGUCGGACUACCAGCAAAUGCUUCAUCGGGAACCUGAUUUUCGUCAUGAAUAUUCCGCAACCGGGACCGAUCCUGGCCUGAUCAGUGCGAGAGUCUGUAAUGUUUUCGACUUACACGGACCAAGCGCCGUCAUCAACACUGCUUGUUCAUCGUCGAUCACUGCGAUCCACCAUGCGUGCCAGACACUGCGCGCCGGAGAAUGCGAUGGUGUAGUUGCUGCGGGCGUGAAUCUGAUCAUUUCAGUCGAUCAACACCUCAAUACCGCCAAGCUGGGGAUCCUGUCUCCAACGUCCACUUGCCACACGUUUGAUGCUGCCGCGGACGGAUAUGGCCGUGGCGAGGGGGCGGGCGCCAUUUACCUGCGCAGACUCUCCGAUGCAGUUCGUGAUGGCAAUCCAAUUCGAGCAAUCAUUCGCGGCUCAGCCGUCAAUACAAAUGGAAAGGCCAAAGAUCAGGGUAUUACCCACCCAAGUCUCGAGGGCCAGGAGCGAGUACUUCGGACUGCUUAUGAACGGGCUGGCCUGGAUCCAACUGAGACGCUUUAUGUUGAAUGCCACGGAACGGGCACACCCGUUGGAGACCCUAUUGAAGUCCAUGCCAUUGCUAGAGGAAUGAAUGAUCGACGGAGCUGCGAGCAGCCUUUGCGGCUGGGAGCAGUCAAAGCGAAUAUUGGUCAUAGUGAGGCUGCAUCUGGUAUCUUUGCUGUGAUCAAAGCAGCUAUGGUCGUGGAGUCCGCUGUCAUGCCAGGGGUAGCAGGGUUCAACCUGCUCAACCCAGCCAUCAAAGAAACAGAGUGGAAUGUAAAAAUAAACGUGGAUACUACGCCGUGGCCUGAGUGCCCACUGACUCGGCGGGUUGGUGUAUCAUCAUUCGGCUAUGCUGGCACCAACGGCCAUUUGAUAUUGGAGGCCGGGCACUCUGGCCACGGGCAGGAAAGGUCCACAGCAGGAUAUACGUGUUCUUGCAUUAACGAGGUUCUAGUAUGUUUUACAGCCCACGACCGAGCUACCCUGGAGAGAAACAUUAGGGCUCACGCGGAUAUCGCCGAACGGUUUUACCUUCCAGACCUGGCCUACACCCUCAAUUGUCAUCGGACGCACUUUUCACACAGAGCCUUCACCAUCGCCCAAGACAGCGAAUCGAGGGAUUUCAACCUGCCGGCCUUCGAGUUCGGUUUGGCAGAAGCUCCUGCCCAGAUUGCCUUUGUUUUCACGGGGCAGGGGGCCCAGUGGCUUGGAAUGGGAAGGGAUGCUAUGUGCAUCUUGCCUACAUUCUCCGCAAGCAUUAGGUCUCUGGACAAGUUCCUGCAGAAUUUGCACCCCCCAGUAGCAUGGUCCAUAGAGGAGUCCUUACUAGGGAACAUCGAUUCGGAACGUUUGAUCGAGCCCGAUGUUGCACAAGCAUUAUGUACAGCAGUUCAGAUUGCUAUUGUCGACCAGCUACGGAAAUGGGGGAUUGUCCCAUCUGCUGUGGUCGGACACUCAUCUGGGGAGAUAGCCGCAGCGUAUGCAGCCGGUUUGUUAUCUGCCUUGGACGCUUUUAAGACCGCUUUUUAUCGAGGACUUGCAGUUUCACAAGAGAGUCCCCAAGGAUCGAUGCUUGCUGUGGGUCUCGGGGUCGAGGCGAUCGAGUUCUAUGUCCGUGACACGGAUGUCGUAAUUGCAUGCGAGAAUUCCGCCGAGAGCGUGACAUUGAGCGGCCCAGCGAGUGCAAUUCAGCAGGCCCAAACCAAGCUUGCUACUGCAGGGGUAUUUGUGAGAGAGCUGACAACAGGCCGGCCUUAUCACUCGCCAGCGAUGAAUGUCAUGGGUCCAGUCUACGAACAACUUCUUACAGAGGGCACUCCGGAGAAUGAUUCAUCUGCAACCCCACUACGACUAUCGAAGGUCCCAAUGGUCUCUUCUGUAACGGGACUUCAGGUCCAUGAGACGGACCUUAAACCCAGAUACUGGGUAGAGAAUCUAACCAGCCGGGUUCGCUUCCAUGCAGCGGUAACGGAGUUGUGCACCAUGGAAGACCUGCAGGGAUUGAAUUACUUGGUUGAGAUUGGACCUCAUCCAGCCCUUGCUGGACCGCUGAAGCAGAUCACGACGGGCAACAAGCUCACAUCGCAUAUCAAGUACAUCCCGAGCUUUGUCAGGGGAUCUAAUUCUUGCAAUGACUUGCUGAGGACCGCCGGACGGCUGUUCCUCGCCGGAUACAAUGUCAGCUUGAAGGACAUAACUGACGAUCUAUCCAACGAGCAAAGGCCUCGACUGCUGGUUGAUUUGCCACCGGUGAGCCUGGAACAGCGUGAAGAAUCAAGUCCUCGACAUGAUCUGUUGGGAAGGCGAGUUGCCGGCCUCUCCAAUGACACUUGUGUUUGGAAAAAUAUUCUACGAGUUCGGGAUGUGCCAUGGUCGAGGGACCAUCGCGUUGGAAAGGAGCUUUUGCUGCCCGGUGCUGCGUACCUUGCCCUGGCUAUUGAAGCCUUGUGGCAAAUUAGCGAUAUGCAAUUUAGCAGUAAGGGUGUCUGUUUGAAACAGGUUUCUUUCCAACAGGGGCUUGUGGUACCGGAGAGCGAUCGCGGAAUUGAGAUAGUGACCCGAUUGCUGCCUCAGAGUCAGAGUGAACCAGGCUGGUAUUCGUUCACCGUCGAAUCUCAUCUUGACAAGCACUGGACCACCCAUUGCAGUGGUUAUAUAUCGGCAAACAAGAGACCCCCCCAAGGAGAUGCGCGAAUAAAUGAUCAUAUUGUCGAGACUCUCCACAACCGCACUCCGCCUAGCAGGUGGUAUCUGACAUUCGGCCGAGUCGGGGUUGAUUAUGGCCGCUCCUUUCAGUGCUUGGGAGAGGUCAGAUCCAAUCACCGGGACUUUGCAGCCGCGAGUAAGGUCGCCUUGAAGACAGAUUGUGGCACGAUGACUGGCGAGUCCAGGUACAUCUUGCACCCGGGAACCAUCGAUACCUGCCUCCAGCUUGCCAUCAUCUCAUUCGAGAAAGGCCGAUACAAUGUCAUGCCAUGCAGCACACUCCCGCUACGAGUUGAGGAGAUGGCUAUUACCUCUCCUGGGGAAGAAGAACAGGGUGAUGCGUUCGCUUGGACGGACGAGUGCCAGAGCCCCUUCUUCCGCUCCAACAUACAACUUUUCACCGCGCGUGGUCUCCCUAUCCUGGAGUGUAAGGGGGUUAGGUUCAAGGAGCAGGAACUGAAUUUGAGUAAACAGUUGACAACAGUCAUUCCAGGCCAACAGUACAUGCAAACCGAGUGGAAACCAGACAUCGACUAUACUGAUGAGAUUCUGAAAAAUACACCAUACAAAUCACUUCCAGACGCCGUGGUGGAAUUAAUCAGGCUUAUUGAUCACAAGCGGCCAGUUCAAAGAGCCUUGCUCUUUGAAGAAGAUGACUGUGACCUUAUUGAAGCCGUGGCGUCUCAGUUGCCCGUCGGUAGCCUGACAAUUGCGGAAACAUCUGCAGGGAAGGUGGAAGAGGGAUUGCCGGUCGCCAGGGAAAAUAACAUAUCGAUAGUCCCUGUCUCGCCGCAUAUUGCUGAGUGGUCAUCAAGCCUGCCCACCAGUCAAGAUCUUAUAAUUGUCAGAGACCGACAGAGCUCAGAGAUGACCCAAGCCCUGCAUGCUAUGCUAAAACCCGGUGGUCGUCUGUUGAUACUGCGAAAUGGGAACAUACCGGAGCACAGAUGCCUUGACUGCUCUUGCAGCUUCUUCGAGCCAGUGCUAGAGCUCUCUAUCUCAGGCUUCAAUCUGUUGCUCUCUCCAGAGUUGAACAAUGGAGAGAGCCGAGAAUCGGAGAAAACAUUCACAAUUGUGGUCAAAGAGAACAAAGACCAGUUUCUACUUAGAGAGCUCGUGGAGGAGCUAGACGAUCAGAUAGAGACGGUGAAUUUGGAGGAUCUCUGCGAUCUUGGUAAUGUGCCUCAUGGACGCAUAGCCAUCUUCGAUGUGGAUGGAAGUAUUCUCACUGACCUUACCGAGGCGCAGUUUGAUGUGGUCAAGAAAUUAGCCCUAUCCGAGGGAAAUGCUUUUAUCUGGGUUACCUUCGGGGUUCACCAAGGCCGCACUGUCGAAGGCGGGUUGAGUUUGGGAUUUCUGCGUGGAAUCAGAUCUGAGCAUCCCGCAGCUCAGAUUGUAUCAUUAGAUGUGGACUGGGAAGAGACGGCUCCGAACAUUGGGCGGGCUAUGACAGCAGCCCUGGGAGUCGCAGCUCCUCGGUCUUUGGGUUCUGAGACGGAGUUCUGGCUUCACAAUGGUGUCCUGCACAUUAGCAGAAUAACUUCAUGGGCAUGCCCGGGUACAUCCCGCGACCGACAGACUGUUGAGCUGCCGUUAAAUACGCCAUUGAAGAGCGAGUAUAUCAACGGGGUGUUGGUUUUUAAAGCCGAUGAGGAAGUUCAAAGGGGCCUCGAAGCGGAUGAGAUGUGUGUCCAGGUGGAGAUGACCGAGUUCCAGGCUACUCAACACCGCACCGAGCAGCCUGUGAUUGUGGUCGGUCGCUCUCUGGAUAACGACAACGAAUCUACACCACGGGUAGUGACCUUUGCAACCCAGAAUGGAUACUCCACCAUUGUGAGGGCAAGGAGAGAUGCGUGCUUAGCUUGUGAAGACCUUGGCCCAGCACUUCUGUGCGCCACCCUUCCCUCCUUAUGUAAGGUCCUUAUUUCGAUGGAGUGGCUGGGACGAGCUCAGAAGAAUGACCACAUUGUGCUUUUGCACAUGCCGCUACCAUUUGUGCAAUUGGCGGCACUGCUCUGCCAGGACCUGGGAGUCCAACUUACUGUUGUUGUAGAGGCACCUGAAGAGAGAGCCCGAUUUCAUCGAGACUCCCUACUUGGCUCUGUCUCGAUUAUCGUGGUUCAAGACCCAUCUGUAUAUUGCAAGACAGCCCUUGUCAAAGGUACGGGCAAACCGUCAUUGGUUAUUUCGGAAUCCUUGUGGGCUCUUGCUCGGGAGGCAUGGAAAUGCAUAUCGACGGCAGGUCGAUUUGUCUUAUGCGAUGGAGAGGUGGGAGGGACCCUUGAUCCAACGCCUUUUACCAGAGGUGCUUCUUUCCUAACUAUGGGUUAUGAUCCCCUUGCUCUAAGACCGGAGGGGGCGGUUGAGGUGUUACAGGAAGGACUGGAAUUCAUCAGGCAGAACAAGGACAUCUGGCCGUCCGGUGCACAGGUGUACAGCAUUGACCAACUGCCUUCUCUGUCCAGCAGCGAACUGUUUGUCCGUUCAGAUAACGAAGGUAGGGCGGUGCAAUUUCGAUAUGGCGAAAGCACUAUCCAAGUUCAAUCGUCAGUUAGCCGCGUUUGGCUUUCUUCAGAGGCAGUAUACCUGCUGGUUGGAGGGCUUGGCGGAAUUGGCAGCAGUCUUGCUCGUUGGAUGGUCGAGCGAGGCUGUCGACAUUUCGUCUUCGUGUCACGCUCUGGUAUGAAACGGCCAAAGGCAGCGGAGACUGUCAAGUGGAUUGAGAGAACUGGUGCGUCGGUACAAGUCUUUCAGGCCGACGCUGGCAACGAGGCGGAUAUGAGGGCCAUUGUCGCUCGCGUGACGAAGAAACAUCAAAUCCGCGGCGUGGUGCAUGCUGCAAUGGUGCUGCAGGAUGGCAUGUUGCAUGGAAUGACGACAGCACAGUACAGCGCUGCCGUCACUGCCAAGCUUAAAAUCGCCCAGGUCCUUCACUCUGUUCUUUCAAGCACCCCCUUGGACUUUUUCAUUAUGACCAGCUCGAUCUCAGCUACUGUAGGCACUCCGGGCCAGACCAACUACAAUGCCGGCAACAGCUUCUUGGAUGCUUUUGCAAGAUAUCGUCGGUCUCUUGGGAUACCGGCCUGCUCUUUAGCGCUGUCUAUGCUUCUAGACGUCGGGGUCGUGGCGGAAAACGAGAGUAUUGAGGACUAUCUUCUCCAAUUGGGGUUUUAUGGGAUUGACGAGAUAGAGAUGCUAGAGGGGCUUGAAAUUGCCAUGUCUCCCAGCAGUCCCAGCCAUAUUAUCCUGGGGCUUGAUCCCUGUCGUCUGCACCAGUCUGCCACGCGCAUGUUUUGUCAUGGAGAUGCUCGUCUGCGUGGGGUGCAACGAGACCUGGAUCUCUUGCAAGUGUCAUUGCCUUCCGCCAAGGGCAUUACUGGGCCGCAGGUUACCAAAGACUCGCAGGAUUAUGAAACAUGGGUGGCGUCUGUUGGUGAACAGAUUAUGCAGAAAUGUGCUGAUGUGCUGGGGCGUGAUAUUGCGGAGAUUGAAUUCGAGCGAGGGUCAAUAGCCUCGUAUGGUCUGGACAGUGUGAUCAGUGUGGAACUGCAACAGUGGCUGAUUGCAGAAUUUGGGUUGGAAUUGAGCUUCCAUGCAUUCACUGCACCUGAUCUGACCUUUAAAGUGCUCACGGAACGAGCCAUCCGUUAUUUGAGUGGUUUUAACCAGACAUGACCUGCAUGCCAAGGAAGUGAUGAGUAUGACUGAAUAACAUGUUCACAUAUACUGGGUUGGUAAAUUUAAGUACCAUGCCAGAUGUCGUCCAUGAGACUAAUCUAGCAUUCUAGAGAAUAGAUCUUUAUUUCCAUGAAGCA